AGCAGGCACGAGCAUGUGGUGGUGCCUGGCGCGGAGUCCGCUGAGGCAGCGGGGACUCGGCGUCGCCUUCUCUUCGCUCUCCGUCGCCUUCGCGCGAUGUCGCAAACAGGCGCCCGCCCGACGCUCGCUCAGCAGCCAGCCCGGCUUGCACGAGGUGUUCUCGAUGCCGGCGCUUCAGCGCUUCCUGGAGCAGCGGCAGCGGGAAGGGCUCCGCGGGGGCUCCUGGCCCGAGUUGGCCGCGCGGAUUCGCCUCCUGCGAGACAAGGAGCAGGAGCUGCGCGACACGGAGCGCUUGGCCCGGGAAGAUGAAAAUGAAGACUUACGGAUGCUUGCAGAAAAGGAAGUUGUUUCCUGUCAGGAAGAGAUAUCUGAGUUAAAACGACAGAUAGUUUUGCUUUUGAUACCUUCAGAAGAAACUGACAAAAGUGAUCUUAUUAUGGAAGUGACUGCUGGGGUUGGAGGGCAAGAAGCAAUGCUAUUUACAGCAGAGAUGUUUGAUAUGUAUCAACAGUAUGCGGCAUAUAAAAAUUGGAAUUUUGAAAUUCUGGAAUAUACUCCUAGUGAUGUAGGUGGUUUGAGACACGCAUCUGCCAAUAUAGCGGGUCAUGAAGCUUAUCAGCAUAUGAAAUUCGAAGGAGGAGUACAUCGUGUACAGCGAGUACCUGAUACAGAGAAAAAAGGCCGCAUUCAUACCAGCACAAUGACUGUUGCAGUAUUACCACAACCAAAUGAGAUAAAUCUGAUAAUAAAACCUAAAGAGCUGCGUAUUGAAACUAAACGAGCCAGUGGAGCUGGUGGUCAGCAUGUAAAUAAAACUGACAGUGCUGUACGGAUAGUCCAUAUUCCAACGGGUGUAGUGUCUGAAUGUCAACAAGAAAGAUCCCAAAUCAAAAAUAAGGAAAAAGCUCUUCAGAUCCUUCGUGCCAGAAUAUAUAGUAUCAAACUUGAGGAGGAGUCAAGGAAGAGACAAACUGUCAGAAAGAUUCAGAUUGGGAGCAAAGGAAGAUCUGAAAAAAUCAGAACCUACAACUUUCCUCAGGAUCGGGUUACUGACCACAGAAUAAGCAAAUCGGUGCAUCACAUUGCAAGGUUCAUGUUGGGGGAGAAACUGCUAGAUGAAAUGAUACAGUCCCUAAAAGAAUAUGCUGACUAUGAGAUUCUUAUGGAACUUGUUUCAGAAAAUGACCCAACCAGGCUGAGGUGA